AUGGAGUGUGGGUUUUCAGUCAGGAAAGGGACUACAAAGACAAACUCUAAAGGUGUCUUACAUAUUAAGUAUUACUUGUGUACGAGAUCUGGUUUAUACAAGGACAAGAAGGUGUAUAAGUUUGUCGAGGAGCACAAUCAUGAACUUGUUGAACGUCCCGAUAAGCAUUUUCUUCCAACUGAACGACACCUCACACAGCUCCAGAAGCAUGUUAUACACAGCAUGUCUAAGCUGAAUUUGGGUCCCAUCAAGGCGUUUAAUGUUAUGAAGACUUGUUUUGGCGGUUUUGAAGACAUGGGUGCAAGUAAAGUUGAAUUUAAGAACUAUAAGAGAUGCUCUAUGGUGUUUGUACCAUUCACUGGUAUAGACAAUCAUCACUGCAAUGUUAAAUUUGGUGCAACAUUAUUGGCGUCGGAAACUGCUGACACGUAUAUUUGGUUGUUGAGAGUUUUUCUAAAAGCUGUUGGUUCUCAACCAAAAGUUGUUGUCACUGACCAAGAUCCAACAAUGAAGAAGGUUGGUGUUAGGCUAUGCAAUUCCACCAAUUUUAAAGAACGUAUUUGUGGUGUUGUGUGGACGGAUAUUCUCACACCUGUAGAGUUUGAAUCAGAAUGGGAAGCGGUUAUCGCAUAG